AUGGGCACCUCACCACUCACUCUGAGGGCCAUCCUUGGCUUCCUCUUUGUUUUCGUUCAGCUUGCCAGUGCUCUAAAAUUCGAUCUCGUCGCCACCUCCGGCGGCGGCAAGAACGAGCGAUGCAUUCGCAACUUCGUCUCGAAGGACCAGCUCGUUGUUGUCACUGCCAUCGUUGGUGGUACGAAGGGUGAUGGCCAGAGGGUCAAUAUUCAUAUCAAGGAUGCGAUGGGCAAUGACCACGGUCGUCCUAAGGACGUCGUCGGCGAGACGCGUCAAAUUUUCACUUCCCCAGCGGACACGGCUUUCGACGUCUGCUUCGAGAACCUACUUGUCGGCCACAAUACCAUCCAGAACCCCUCCCGCCCCGUUGAGCUUGAUGUCGACAUUGGCGCCGACGCCCGCGACUGGAACAGCAUCCAGUCGCAGGAGAAGCUCAAGCCCGUUGAGACAGACCUCCGCCGUAUCGAAGAGAUGGUUGCCGAUAUCGUUACUGAGAUGGAGUACCUGCGUGCGCGUGAACAGCGUUUGCGUGAUACCAAUGAGAGCACCAAUGAGCGUGUGAAGUGGUUCGCUUUCGGGACCAUGGGUAUGCUUAUCGGGCUUGGUGCUUGGCAGGUUGUUUACCUGAGGGCUUACUUCAGAUCUAAGCACCUUAUUUAG